AUGGAUAGCUAUCGCGAGUUGGUGAUAAGUUCCAAGGUGAUCCUUGAAGUAGGAAACUAUGGAUUCUGGAAGGCGCGCAUGAAGGCUACAAUCAAGGGCAUUGACCCAUUGGCGUGGAAGGCUGUGGAAUCGGGUUGGAAAUCACCUGUUGCAAGAGCCGAGGAUGGGACAGAUGUUCCAAAACUGGAGGAGCUCUGGACUGAUGAUGAGAACAAGAUGGCUAAGUUCAAUGCUCGUGCACUAACUGUCAUACAUUGCAGUGUAGCAAGGAAGCAAUUUGAACUAAUUCAAGGAUGCGAGGCAGCAAAGGAUGCAUGGGAUAUUCUGCAGAAGCACUUUGAAGGAACCUCAAAGGUUCAGAGUUCUAGAAAGGAUAUGCUUGCAACAAGAUUUGAAGAGCUAAAGAUGGAAGAGAAUGAAUCUAAAUACAAAGAGAAGAAACUUGUGAAGAAGUUCCUGAGGUGCUUGCCGUCUAAGUUCAUGGCAUACAAAGCAGCUAUGACCGUCUCCUGUAACACUGACGAGAUGACAUUUGAUGAAGUGGUUGGAAUGUUACAAGCUCAUGAGAUGGAAGUGGCUGGUGUGUCUGGUGGGAUGAAGGAAAAAGGAAUUGCUCUUGCAUCAGUUGAAAAUGAGCAUAUGGAUGAUAAUGAUCCUGUGAGUCUUCUGGUCAGAAGGUUUGAUAGAGCUCUACGAAAAGUGGAGAAUGGGCAGAAGAAGUUUGGCCAAGGUAGGAAGACGUCCGAGCCAGAGAAGAACUACAGGAAGAAUGAUGCUAAGUGCUAUGAAUGCAAGGGGUAUGGUCACUUUCGAACUGAGUGUCCCACAGUGAAAAGAAGAGAGAUUCAGUGCCAUAACUGCAAAGGAUAUGGACACACUCAAGCUGAAUGUGAGUCGGAUGGUAGGAGAAAGCCGGAAAAGUCCAUGAUAGGAAUCAAUGACAGCGAGUCCGACAGCGAGAGUGAAGAGGAAGUGAACAACUUUGUGGCAUUUCUAGGAAUCGUGGAAUGUGAGUCAGGAUCUGAGAGUGAUGUUGAGCAAGAAAAUGACUUAGAUGAAAGCUACAAGGAAGUUCGAGAGACGCUAGUGAAGCUGGGAACGGAGAAUUUGGCAUUGGCUAAAGAGAAGGCAAGACUGGAAGUUGAAGUACAAGUGUUGAAAGAUGACCUCGACAGGGAAGCUGAGUUGGCCAAGGAAAGUGUGAAUCUAAUCAAAGAAAAAUUGGUUUUGUCCAAGCAAGCGGACGAGCUCAGAGAAGAGUUACUUACUGAGAGAAAGAAAGCAGCAGAUCUUCAAGCUGAAUUGGAUCAGCAAUAUCGGAAGAUUAAGAUGCUCACGGGAACCAAGCAACUUGACAAGAUUCUGAGCUGUGGAAGAACUGAAAGCUCAUCGAUGGGACUUGGUUACUCUGGAAGACAGAGUAGUUCAACAGGUACAACGCGCUUUGUAUCUGGAGGUUUUGCGCAUGCUGAAGAAACCAAGACACAAACUACUCCAGCUCAGAUGAGUGGAUGUUUCUUCUGUGGAAAGUUUGGUCAUUACAAGAGGUAUUGCUACAAGUAUCUGGAACGGGUCAAACAAGUAUGGAAACAACACAAGUUUUGGAGAAUAGGCAAGACUUCUCGAGGCUGGAUGAAGAAAAAUGACUUGUACCCUAAGAUAGUGACUGAACCAAGAAGUACCGUUCGAUGUAACAUGGCACGAGUGGCGAGUGAUCCUGAAUCCGAGGAACCAUGGUACUUCGACAGUGGGUGUUCAAGACACAUGACGGGAAACAUUGAGUAUCUAGACAAAGUGUCAAAAGUAAAAGGAGGAAAGGUAACUUUUGGAGAUGGAGGCUGUGGUGUCAUUCAAGGCAAAGGUACAACGUGUAACUCAGAAGUACCUAAAUUGGUGAAUGUCUACUUUGUCAAAGGAUUGAAGGCUAACUUGAUCAGCGUGAGUCAACUGUGUGAUGACGGACUCACGGUGUGCUUCUCAGCAAUUGAUUGCCGUGCAAUAAAUCAACAUGGUGUAACAGUGCUACAAGGCGUGAGAUCUGGCAAUAAUUGUUACAUGUGGGAAAAGAAGGUUAAGUGCUUGUCAGCUCAAGGGAAUAUUGAUCUAUGGCAUAGACGUUUGGGACAUAUGAACUUCAGGAAUCUAACGAAUCUUGUAUGCAACGACUUGGUUCGAGGAGUACCCAAACUCAAGAUUGAUGACAAGAUUGUGUGUGGUGCAUGCAAUGAGGGAAAGCAAGUCAAGAUACAACACAAGAAGGUACCGGAUGUUCAGGCAAAGGCACCAUUGGAUCUAGUUCACAUGGAUCUCAUGGGCCCUAUGCAAACCGAGAGUAUUGGAGGAAAGAAGUAUGUGUUUGUACUAGUGGAUGACUACACCAGAUUUACCUGGGUUCGUUUUCUCAGGGAAAAGUCAGAAGUGUCUGAAAGUUUCAAAAUCUGGGCACUUCAACUCAUAAAUGAAAAGGGAGGAAUCAAGAAGAUACGCAGUGAUCAUGGAGGAGAAUUCGAGAAUGACGCCAUGACUACCUUUCUUGAAUCAAGAGGAAUAGCUCAUCAGUUUGCAGCACCAUGGACACCUCAGCAGAAUGGAGUAGUUGAACGAAAGAAUAGAACUCUACAGGAAAUGGGAAGAGCAAUGCUUCAUGGUAACAAGAUAGCCAAGAGGUUCUGGGCUGAAGCACUCAGCACAGCGUGUUACACAAUCAACCGUGUGUAUGUCAGAAAAGGGACAACAAAGACACCAUAUGAGAUGUGGACAGGCAAAACUCCUAAUCUUAGUUACUUUCAUGUCUUUGGAUGCAAGUGCUACAUACUGAAUGACAAGGACUACCUUGGGAAGUUUGACUCAAGAAGUGAUGAAGGAUUCUUUCUGGAUGAAGAGGAAGAAGGUGGAACAUCUGUAGCUGCUACUAAAGUCAUUGAGGAAGGUCCUACCACAGAGACAAUACCUCAACCAGUGAUUCAGCAAGUUCAUCGCAAUCAUUCGAAGUCUGAUGUGAUUGGAGGGAUUGAAGAAGGACGAAAAACGCGUGGAAAG